AUGGGAGGAGCAUCAUCAAUAUCUAUUAAAGAUAAUAAUAAACAAUCAAAAUUAAUUACCUUCUACAACAUGGAUUUACCUUCAUCUUAAUCAUAAUAAAGUAUGCGAAUUACUGAAUAGACCACUAUUAAUAAUAUUAUUACAUACAUUAAAGAAAAACAAGGAGUUUAAAAUUUAACUUUGUAUUAUGAAUAAUUCCGAAUAGAUGACAACUCAUUUUUCCUAUAUGAAUGCCUUGAUAUAUUGCCAACCAGAGUUUUUGGUUAUAGAAUUAAUUAGUAAGAAUAAAUUUCUUAAUAAAAAACAUAAUAAAUUUCUUAAUAAAAAACAUAAUAAAUUUCUUAAUAAAACACAUAAUAAAUUCCUUAAUAAAACACAUAAUAAAUUCCUUAAUAAAACACAUAAUAAAUUCCUUAAUAAAACACAUAAUAAAUUUCUUAAUAAAACACAUAAUAAAUUCCUUAAUAAAACACAUAAUAGUUUCCUAAAUAAAACAUAUAAGUAGUAUAAAAUGACAAAAAAUAAUAUCAAAGUAAUAAUCAAUCAUCUCAAUCUCAAACAGUAUAAAAUCAAAAAAAUAUAUAAAAUCAAUCAACAAUUCAUCCUACAUCUGAAAAAAACUAAUAAAUCAAAACCCCUUAGAAGAAUAAUAGUAAUAAUGAACAAAAAUAUACUUCUUAGAUAAUAUAUAAGAGUUAAAACAAUGCAGAAGUUGAAAAGCCUAUAGAGAAUUCAAAAUUAUUUUAACGAGAUAAUUUGAUAUAAGAGUAAAAUUAAAUUCUAAACUAUUUAUUGAAAUAAGCUAUAUGCAAAUAUUAAAAAACAUAAGUAGAUUAUGAUAAAAUUAAAUAAGAUUAUAUCUAAUUAAAAUAAGAUUAUGAAAGAUUAUAAUAAGAUAAUAAUUAUUUAAAAUAAUAUUAAGAAAUGUAGGACAAAAAAUAUUAAUUAUAAUUACAACAUGAUAGAAUGUAAUAAUAAAAUAAUUAAUUCAAAUCACAAAUUUUAUAAUCUGAUUCUAAUGAUAAAAAUAAGGAAAUUUAGUAAAAAUCAUCUAUUACAAUAUAUGAAAAUGUUAAUAUGAAUACGUAAAUUGAUAUAUCAAAAUAAUCAAAUUUUUAAGAACCUUCAUAAAAUUAAAUUUAAUAAACCUAAACUAUUGACAACAAUUAAAGAAAAUUGAAAAAUUAAUGUGGACAUUAUUUAGAUGAAUAAAGAGUUUAUGAUAUAAUAAAAGAAGCUUUGGUAAGUAAAAAUAUAGCUAAAUGUGAUUAAUGCGGAUCAAAAUUAUCACAUAGUAUUUUGAAUUAGAUAGACUCUAUAGGUAAAGCUUAUAAAGAGUUUUAGUUUAAUUAAGAGAUCAAUCAAUUAAUGAUAAAUCUUAAAUCAUAAAAUAAAUAUCUUAUUAAAUAAUGUUCAUCAAAUUUCUGUUACUUUUAUUGCAUUUUUGAUGAGAAGUAUAAAAAAUCUUAAAAUUAUUAUUGUCCCUAAUGUUUGAAUAGCAGCAUGGUGAAAAUCGAUUGA